AUGUUUGGCUGGCUCGGACUGCGCCCGAUCGUCCUCUUCCUUCAUUGCCUCACCGCGGAUUCGAAUUACGUGACCUUCUUCUGGACGAGUGUGCAGUGCGUGGAGGCGUUCGCGGCGUUUCCGACGGUGCGGCACAUCGAAUCGGUGCUUUUCUCCAUCGUGAAUCGCAUCCACGUCGCCUCGAAUAAGAUGCAGGAGGAUCUGGAGACGCUCUCCGACACGAAGAGCUUUCCCAUCCCGCUUCUGCGAAAGAUGGAGAAGUCGCUGCACAACGUGCAUGGCUUUCUCUCGGUGCUGAUGCGUGUGCAGCUGGAAUGCGAGAAUGUGGCGCUGGAUAGCGGGAUGCCCAAGCUACCGCCCGUGAUGGAGAAGAUCCUGGAGGUGCUGAGCACCGCCUCAGAGGGAUUGCUUAAGGUGUGGGCGGGCGUGAUCGAUCGGUUGCUGGAAAGCGGCCAGCCCGAGGUGGUGCGGAAAUAUUGCCUCACCACCAUGCGAAACUUCAGCGCGGCCGUGGAGGACCUCACCAAUGUGUCUGCGAAGGGCGAAAGCGACGAGCGCCUGACUGAAAUUCUUGCCGUAUGCGAUGACUUUUACAAUGGUAUUUACUCCACGAUUGUUGGAAAAUAA